AUAAAUUUGAGCCAUGGCUUCCGGCUCUAGCUGUAGGGCAUGGCAUUGCUUGCUUGCCCUCUUCCUCCUCUCCUCUUCCGCGUAUGGUCAGCUGUCGCCGUCGUUCUACGCGAAGACCUGCCCGACGCUGGAACUCAUUGUGCGCUCCACAGUGACCAAGGCAGUCCUCGUCGAGCGCCGAAUGGGGGCGUCCCUCCUUAGGCUCCACUUCCAUGACUGCUUUGUUCAAGGCUGUGACGGGUCCAUUCUCUUGGAUGACAAGGGUAGCUUCGUGGGCGAGAAGUCCGCCCUUCCUAACGUGAAUUCGGUGCGUGGCUUCGAGGUGAUCGACGAGAUCAAGAAGAACGUGGAGCUGGUCUGCCCUGGCGUCGUCUCCUGCGCCGACAUCAUCGCCCUAGCAGCACGGGACGGCGUGGUUCUGCUAGGCGGGCCCAGCUGGCCUGUGCCGCUUGGCCAGCGGGACUCGACGACGGCCAGCCUGAAUGCGGCGAACAGCGACAUCCCGACGCCUGACUAUAACCUGGAGCAGCUCAUCUCUGCGUUCAACAAGCACCAGCUGAGCCCACGGGACAUGACGGCGCUGUCCGGCGCGCACACCAUCGGCUACUCGCAGUGCCUCAACUUCCGCGACCACAUCUACAACGGCACCAACAUCGACCCGGCGUUCGCCGCACUGCGCAAGCGUACCUGCCCCGCCCAGGCCCCCAACGGCGACACCAACCUGGCGCCGCUCGACGUGCAGACGACGCUCGUCUUCGACAUCGCCUACUACCGCAACCUGGUCACCAAGCGCGGCCUGCUGAACUCCGACCAGGAGCUCUUCAACGGCGGCUCCCAGGACGCGCUGGUGAGCCAGUACGCUACCAACCCGGCGCUCUUCCCGUCUGACUUCGUGACGGCGAUCAUCAAGAUGUCCAAGCUCAGCCCGCCCCCUGGAACCCCCACCCAGAUCAGGCGCAACUGCAGGGUCGUUAACAGCUGAUCAACAUCCAUCUUCGCAUCAUAUAUAUACUAUCCGUCCGUCCUAAGUUAGAUUCACAAAUGAUCUUAUACUAUAAGACGGAGGAAGUACGUGUUACAGUGUUAAGUGCAUGCGCAGCCGUAUGAGUAUAUAAGUACGCAUGAUAUGUAACCAACCAGCUGCAUGCAUGCAGCCAGAAUAA